AUGAGGGCGUACCUCGACCAGCUGCAGAGACGCUACGAACGAUACCUUCGCCUGGUGAAGGCCCUCCGACUCUUCGACGAGUACGCGUGCCUCUCCGGCGCACGGUUGAACCCUGAAAAAAGCAAAUCUCUCUGUAUCGGGGCUCCCCACACGUGCCCGCCAUCUCUGCCGCGAGCCCAGUCCGUUACCAUUCUUGGAAUCUCGUACGACGCCUCCGGCGUGGCUCCGGAGACCUGGUCCAACCUGCGUCAAGAGAUCAUAGAGAAGGCCGCUGAGGCUGGCCAUUACGACUUCCCCAUGGCUGUGCGGCGGUACCUUGUUCAGACGGUUUUCUGCGGAAGGUUGUGGCAUGUGGCCCGCGUAGCCCUCCCGCCGCGCCCCUUCAUCCUCCAAGUGCGCUCGGCGCUGUUUACCUUCUUCUGGAACAACCGCACAGAACUCGUGAGGCGCUCCCGCUUAUGCCUCCCCCGCUGUGAAGGAGGGUGGAGCUUUCCGUGCAUCGAGCUGGCAGCGCCCCUACUGGCCCUGAAGACAACCCCGGCAAUCCUUGACGACCACGACAACCCAGCACGGCCACUCACGCUCUACUUCCUCGGCGCCAAUAACCGUCUUUUGGGAGACUCUCUUCCGAGCCCUCUUCGGCCCCGAGCGGAGACGACCCCUGCAUUUUACAGGUCUACCGCGGAUCUCUUCGACAAGCUCAGCGUCCACGUGUCACGAGAAGAGAUACUCGAGGCCCCGGCGUCUAGGCUUGUUGAACGCCUAGUGGUGGCAGACCAACCCCCGCCGCCGCCGGGCACGGUGCAGCCGUACCCGUGGCUGGCAUUGAUGUCGUCCACGCUGCCGGACCACGUGCGCGACUUUGAAUGGUUAAAGGGUUGGGGUGUCCUCCCAACAAAAGACAGGCUUUUCCGCUGGGGAGUGGUACGGGACGCACAGUGCGUCAAUUGUGGUGCAAUAGAAACAAACGCGCACGUCGUGAGAAAGUGUGUACCGGCGAGGGACCUAUGGCGCGUAAUACAGCGCUCGUUUCGAGGUCUCGGGGUGGACGUAUACGUCACACAAGGCCGUUGCCCGCGGGGCGCCUUUGCGCUGCUACUAGUGGCAAUAUGUGAGUGGGUGCUGUGGCGAAACCGUUGUGUCGCGACGGCCCAGCGACAACGACGCCGCGCGUUGUGGCCGCUGUUGUGGGACAUCCGAAAAGAACUCACCGCCUACCUGGACGACCAGCGGUUCUCCCUUGGCGAACAAGAGUUCCUCCGCCGGUGGUCGUGCCGCUACCUUUGUGUGGUGAGGGGUCGCGUCAUGAUCAACUUUUUACUGUUUAAUGUGCCUUAAACUCUAGUUGAUACUACAGACCAGUCCC